AUGGCUACAGCAGGAGGUGGUGAUGCAGGUCAGCCACCUCAACCGCCAGGAGAUGAGGGUGGAGCGAGCCCUGGUGGAGCUUCGGCCGCAGCAGCGGCUGGGUCAGCGACUGCGCUGACUCCUGAACUUGUUCUUGGGCGGCUUGCCGAGGCGGUCGCGCAGUUGGCUUCGACGGCAGGGUCUUCUGGGAGUUCGGGAGGCCAAUGGAAGGAAAGCAAGUGGGUCAAGAACCCGGAGGCGUUUAAUGCUAAAAGCAUGGACGAAGAGGUUUCCUUAUGGCCGGAUUGGGCCUUCAGCUUCAAGAAUUUCAUGGCUGUUCAGGAUGAUGACUACAGGUCGGAUUUCUUAAAAGCUGAGACUGCUACCAUGUGGCUUUCGUUUGAGCAGUAUGAUCCGGCUUUGCGAGCACGCUCUUUGAGACUGUACUCGGUUCUUGCUUCGUACCUCAAGGGUCGUGCUUUGAAGAUCCUCAAGUCUGUGACCAAUGGAGAUGGGUUCAGGGUGUGGCGGCAACUUCAUGAAGAGCUACAGCCGUCAACAAGGCCCAGAACCUUAGCUCUUGCCCAGGCGCUUACAAAGUUUCCCCCUCUUCGAGAGGGGGGUUCAGUUUUGGAGUAUGCCCUUACGUUUGAAAAAUUGGUCUCUGAAUAUGAGCGGGGCAGUGGCCAAUCUUAUCCAGAUGAUCUCAAAAUCGGCACUCUUCUUGCUGGACUUCCUACCGAUGUGAAGCGUUACCUUCAGCUUCAAAUAGAUGACAGCACAACCUAUCAGAAGCUGCGCCAAACCCUUUUGCAGUUCGAGAGAACCUCUGCCACGUGGAGUACUGAGUAUGUCAUGAAAGCAAUAGGUCUCGACAAAACCGCCUACCCAGGAGAUCCUCAUGGUCCUUCUCCGAUGGACGUUGACCGGGUUGAGGACAAGCCCAAAGGCAAGGGGAAGGACUUCAAAGGAAAGGGGAAAGGUGACAAAGGUGGCAAGGGUUUCAAGGGUUUCUCGGUCUACAAGGGCUUCUACCAAGACGGCAAAGGCAAGGCUGGCAAAGGGUAUGCGCAGGGUGGCUUUGGAAAAGGUUACCAGGACAAGGGCAAGGGUCGCAAAGGCAAGUGGUCACACGACGGCGGCAAGCAGGGCAAGAAGGGUGGUUUUGUCAAGGGUCCUUGCUUUUCUUGUGGUCGUAUGGGUCACCGAGCAGCUGAGUGCAGAGAUCGUCGCGUAAAUCAAGUUGAAGAUGACAAUGCUUCGGUGAGUACAAGGGCCUCUGCAACUACUACCCGAACAGCCUCCUCAACAGCACCCUCCACAACAACUGCCUCCCCAGCCAAGGUUUGCCGCAUGGAGUUGGACACGCUGCCGCUGAUCGAAGAGCUCCCGGACGACGAUGCUGACAACACUGGGGCUUGGUAUAGCACAGCUUUGGUUUCGGAGUUUGACCUUUACGAGGGUGAAGAAGCUUGGGAUGAGCACAGCUGGUGGGAUGAGUCCGAAGUUCCUGCUGAAGCUUAUGAGUAUAUCAGAGCAGUCAGUGCGUGCGAUGGUUGGUGCAGUGACUCUAGCGUUGAGUNNGAGUGCUUUGAGCUAGAGUGUGAGCUCCCUUCCACCAGCACGCUGUACUUUGAGCUUGAUCGUGAUAGCAGUGGAGAUGAGUUCUUUAGAGAGAGCGGUUCCGAAUGUGAAGUUCGUAUGGUGAGCUGCCCCACAAAGUCUUCUGAGCCCUGUGAAGUCAUUUUGGAUUCAGGUGCCGAUGUCACGGUGCUCCCGGCGCAUCUCUUCAGUGCCGUUGGUGUUGCCGAGAAGCAGACUACUCGGCUCUUGGAUGCCCAAGGCACGCCGAUCCCGCAGAUGUCGCAGAGAGCCAACGUUUCGUUCAUAGUGAAAGGGUCUGAUGGUCGAGAGAUUGUGUUUCGAGAUCGAGCAGUGCUGGCCAAUGUGAGGCAACCGUUGUUGUGCGCUGGUAAGUUGUUUCGUGGUGGCUGGUAUCCGAAAGCUAGUGCCACAGAUGACGGUUUCAUGGUGAUGUGCAAGGGCGACCAAGAGUUUCCCCUCCACUUUGCCCGCAACUCUGUUGCGGCAACCAUGCGCAUUCUGAGGACCGAAGAAGCUUGUGUUCGCAUGGUGGUCGAGGUGAGCGAUGAGUUCCUUUCGGGACUCAAACGGCAAGGCUGGCAAGUGACUUCGGGAUCAACGCCCACACAUGUGCAGUGGAACUCGACUAUGACUGCAGACCCCAGCCAGCUUUAUGAUCCCGAGAUUCUACCCCUUCGCACCACUCUGGUGCACAAAGGAGGGAACAGGUUUGAGAUUUUUGAGAGCGGUGAGAAUUGGGAGCUGAAGCCUUUGGUGGAUAUAG